AUGGCGUUACGCCCUCGUGCUUCCUCUCAGCCUGGAAUACUUUCCUUAUUCCACAGUCCCAAGGUGGCUUCGGCCCUCCGACCGCGGGCCGUAUCCUCACGCUCCGGCUCCAUGCUGGAGGAGGAUCUGUCUUGUUCCGUCUGCUGUGAGAUCUUCAAAGACCCCGUGGUGCUCAAGUGCAGCCACAGCUUCUGCCGAAGUUGUCUGCAGCAGUUCUGGAACAAGAAGAAGGCCAGACGUGAGUGUCCCAUCUGCAGGAGGAAGUGCUCGCUGACGGAGCCCACAGUCAGCCUGGCACUAAAGAAUGUGGCCGACACCUUCCUGAGGGAGCAGGAUCGCAGGACUGCCUCAACUGGAUCAGGGGAGGGAACCGGCGGGACAGGGGAGCAAGACGGGAUGGUGGAAGAGAAGUGCGUCACACACGGGGAAGUUCUCAAGCUCUUCUGUCUGGAUGACUUUGAAGCCCUCUGCUGUGUGUGUCACACCUCCAAGAAGCAUCAGGGACACAGAGUGUGUCCUUUGGAGGAGGGAGCGCAGGACUUUAAGGCAGAGCUGAAGAAGGAUCUGAUUCCUCUGAAGAAACACCUGCGUUGCCUGUAUGAAGCCAAGCAGGAGUGUGAUGACACAACUGUUCACAUCAAGAACCAGACCCAGGCCACAGAAAAGCAGAUCAAAGAGGAGUUUGAACAGCUGCGGGAGUUCCUGCAGAGGGAAGAGACGGCUCGACUGGCCGCCCUGCAGCAGGAAGACGAGGAGAAGAAAGAGCUGGUGAGGAAGAAGUCAGAGAGCAUCACCAGAGGUAUCCUCACCUUCUCGCACGCUGUCAUAGCCAUUGAGAGCGAAAUCGCUUGCAGUGAUGCUCUCUUCCUUAAGAAUUACGCCAACACAAAGAAAAGAGCACAGAUCCCACAGACUGAUCCAGAAAAGGUGUCGGUUGCUCUUUUAAAUGUGGCCAAGCAUGUCAGUUCCCUCAAGUACCAUGUGUGGGAGAAGAUGGCAGAGCUGGUUCAGUACACUCCCAUCAGCCUGGACCCCAACACUGCCUACUCCUGGUUAUCCCUCUCUCCAGACCUGACCUGUGUCACCAACAGUGGAUGCCUGCAGAAGCUCCCGGACAAUCCCGAACGUUUCGGCCACUUUGUGUUCCUUCUUGGCUCAGAGGGCUUCACUUCGGGCCGCCACGCCUGGGAGGUGGAGGUGGGUGACAAGUCGGACUGGAUGCUCGGAGUGGUCAAGGAGUCCAUCGACAGGAAAGGCCGGAUUUCUGGGUGUCCCGAGGGCGGGUUUUGGAUGAUCUCGCACUACGAGGGCGAGUACUCGGCCAUGACGAGGCCCAGCAUCCCUCUGCAACCUCAAGGUGAGCUGACCCGAGUCAGGGUGCAGCUGGACUACGACUCCGGAGAGGUGACCUUCUCCAACCCUGUCAGCAUGACGCCCAUCUACACCUUCACCGACUUCUUCACUGAGAAGAUGUACCCCUUCUUCUGCCCUGGAGCCAACAUCAACGGGAACAACCCCAAACCGCUUAAGGUCUGCCCCGUUAAGGUGGCUGUGUGGAACAGCGCCAAAUGGUGA